AUGAAUGAUUCAUCCCCGUUUGGUUCUUUCCAUCCUGACGAGAGUUACACGACUCGUAUUAAAAAUAUUUUAACCGAGUACCCGGAUGGAUCUCAGAUACUUAGAGAAAUUUUACAAAAUUCUGAUGACGCGAAAAGCACUAUUCAAACUUUUAUUUUGGAUUAUAACACUUAUCCUACUGAAAAAUUAUGUGAUCCAAGACUUGAUAGAUAUCAAGGUCCUGCACUUUUAGCUGCCAAUGAUACGAUUUUUCAACCCGAUGAUUUUAAAUCUUUGUUGAAUUUGGCUAAUAGUGAGAAAAGAAAUAAAUUUGAUAAAAUUGGAGUAAUGGGUAUCGGUUUCAAUUCAGUGUUUCAUAUUACUGAUGUUAGUUCCAUUAUUUCUGGAUCCUCUUAUGUUCUUAUUGAUCCUCAUGCUCGUGGUUAUUGUAAUCAACCACCUGGUCAAAGAGGUUUCAAGGGUGAUUUUGUAGAACAUGAUCUUGUAAAUAAGUAUCCUGAUCAGUUUAUGCCAUUUUCAGUAGCCUUAAAUAAUAAUUUAAAUGGAUUUUAUAAUGGAACGAUAUUUCGAUAUUCUCUCCGAACGAAGAAGGAUGCAAAAGAAUCAGAAAUUUCCGAUAAAAUAUAUCAAAUUGAUCAAAUAAAAGAAAUGUUUGAAACUUUCUAUAAUGUUGAUAACAUUACUUGUCUCAUGUUUUUGAAAUAUAUUGAAAAGAUAUCAUUUUAUGAGAUUAAAAAAGGUGAAACUAUUCCUACACUUUUAUAUCAAAUUGAAGUUACUAAUGCUAAAGAGAUAUCCGAUAAAAGAAAACUAUUGGCUAAUAAUAUAAUAUCUAUGAUAAAAUCUCCAACAAAUUCUGGAACUUUUGAAACUAUUUACAAAAUGAAUUUUUGCCAAAGUACUUCUCAAUGUAAUUUAAAAAGUGAAUGGCUGAUUAUCAACUAUAUCGCUGACGUUAAUGAUAAAAAUUAUGUUAAAUUUAAGAAAUAUAUUCGAGAUUGCAAAUUUGUACCAAAUGUUGGAUUGGCUGCAAGAAUUGAUGAUGUGUCAAAGAAUAAAGGAAGGCUUUAUUGCUUUUUACCUUUACCUGGAUAUAAGGAUGACUUUUCUGUUUCUGUCAAUGGUUGUUUCGCUGUCAGUAAAAAUAGGAGGAACCUGGAAAAUUCAAUGGACGAAGACCUGGCUUCAGGUGAUCUAUUGCGUCUUAAAAGUUCAUGGAAUAAGUAUUUGUUUGAAAAGGUUAUCCCGAUAGCAUGGAAAAAACUUUUAUCACAUGUAAAAGAUUAUGUCUCAUUUGAACAAAUUUACACACUCUGGCCAAUACUUGCGGAUGGAUCCUUUCGAGAAUUAAAUGAAAAAGAUUGUCUUUGGUUUAAUCUUUUACAGAAUGUUAUCAAUCAGCUUGAUCCUAAUCUUGGCACUUUUCGUGGUCCAUCUAAAUAUUUAUCAAUUAAUGAUGGGCAUUUGAACGAUAAGAAAUUUGGAAAAUCUUCAGCUUUGUCAGAAAUAUUGACCAAAUUGGAUUUUCCAAUUUUUGUAAAUAUACCGGAACCAAUAGUCGACAAAUUGGAACAAGACACUUCAAAACAUAAAAGACUUUUGAAUUAUGUUACUCCAGAAAAAAUCUGUAAAUACAUUCUUGCCAACUUGAGCAGCUUAAAUAAUCUUGGCCGUCAAGAAAAAUUAAUUUUAUUGGAAUAUGUUCUCAAAGUUAAUGAUGUCUCUAAACUUUACGGUCUUCCUCUGCUCCCACUUGAAAAUCAAACAUUUACAACUUUUGAAUCUCAAUAUCGGAAUAAAUUCCACAUUGCUAGUAAAGAUGAACAUAUUCUUAUUAGCAAAGAUUAUCUAGGAGUAAUCGUUGAUACCACAAUCGGAAAAGAACUUUUAUCAAUAUUACAAAAUUAUGCAAUAAAUAAAAAGAAUAUCAAUGUACAAAUUCUCUCAGAUACUGACUUUGCAGAAUUUCUUAAAAAAUCUUUACAAAAGUACAAGAUAUAUUCCGAGAAUUCUCAAGAAAUGCAAAUAGGAACAAAUCAAAUGCAAUGGUUAUAUAAAAUUUGGGAUCAUUUAAAACUGACUAAUAGGAGUUUACAAAAUUUUUCUGAUAUUCAUAUUUUACCAAUCGAAAAUAAUAAUAAUAAUGAUGUUAUUACUUUGAGGAAAUUAAGUGAAACGCCAAAAUGCUUAUGUCGUCUGUCUCGUAUUUCAACUUUGCUACUUCAAAAAUUAGUUACUCCAUUAAAAUUAUUGGGCUCAACUUUCGUAGAUGUUAAUUUUGAAAAACAAGUCGUUUCGAAAUAUGAAGGACUUAGAAACUAUGUAGUUGAGAUUGAUAAUAUUACGGCAGUCUUUUCAUCGCUCAGAGAAAAUCCUUCUUUCCCUUUAAACAUUACUCAGCCUGCUCUUUCAAAUUAUCAAAAAGAAGAUUUAGUCUCCUAUAUUAGUGCUUAUUUGCGGCGUGAAUCAUCUUUUGAUCAAAAAGUUGUAGAUGUAAUCAAUCAGCUCCCAAUAUUUAACGAAGUAAACAAGAAUGAUGCAAUAAGUAUUAAUUCAUUAAAUGCAUCGGGAAGGAAAUAUUACCUACUUCCUAAAGAAGAUGAAUUAACAUGUGGACUCGUUAUUUCACCUUGUGCAUUCUUGGAUGCUCAUACUUCUGAUGACAAUUGUUUUAUUCUUGAAAACGUGAUCAAAGUUAAACGAUUAGAUCAAAAAGAAUAUUGGAAAGAUCAUGUUAUUUCUUAUCUAGGUUUUCAAUCACCUAAUAUUAUGGAUCAAGUGAUUGUAAAGCUCUUUGAAAAAUGGACAAUUAUUAAACCUUUUCAUAGUCAACUUUCUAAAAUAGCAUUCGUUAAAACUUCUUCAAGUUUGAAAAAACCAAUCGAGAUUUUCGAUCCAGAUAAAAUUGCAAUUAGAGAAUUGUUCUUUUCAGAUGAACCAUUCUUUCCGGUUAAAAAAUAUCCAACAAAUGAUUAUCUUUUUAAAUUAAGUGAAUUGGGAAUGAAAAAAAUGAUGACUAUCGAGGAUGUUAUCAAUCGAAUAGAAGAAUAUAAAUCAAGAAUGAGCCAUGACCAAAUUUAUGAAGCACAUUCCAAAUCUCUUUUGCUAUUAAAUUAUAUUGAUGAUUAUUAUUCUACAUUUAAAGAUAAUAUAACAUUUCAAAAAAAGAUUCUAUCAGAAAAAUGGAUUCCAACAUUUAACUCGGACAACCAACUUAUGUUUUCAAAACAUUCAGAUUGUCGUGAUCGAGUGCACGCAGUCCUGGUUUCUUAUACAUUGCCAAUAGUUAACGAUAGAAUAGUGAAUGAUGACUUGCGCAAAGUUCUUGGAUGGGACAAGAUUCCGCCAACAGAGAUUGUAAUAAAUCAAUUAUUACGCUCAUUAGAAAUAUUUAAAACAACAAGAAACUAUAAUAUAAAUGAUUAUAAAAUCAGAGAUCAAAUUAGUUCAAUUUACAAACAUUUUAAUGACAUAAUCAAUCAGCCGAAUGGAUCAACUCAUUUAGACCUUUUAAAACAAGAAUUAUUAGGAAGGAAAUGGAUUUUAAAUGAUGAUAAACUUUAUUCAACAGAUAAAGUUGUAUUCUCACUUCCUAGUUUUAUUCCUAGUGGUUAUUGGGUUCAACUUUCCCAUCAAAAUAAAAGACAUUCAUUACUUUUUGAAAAACUUGGAGUUAAAAAAGCACUUAAUAAUGAUGAUUAUUUUCGAAUUCUUUAUAAUGCAGAUUUUUCUGAUCCAUUACAAAAAAUUAGUGUAAUAUCAAUAAUUGAUAAAUUAUCAAAAACCGAAAAAGAUUUAACCGGAUUAUUAAUUCCGAAUAUGGAAUGUAAAAUGGUAGAUUAUAAAAAUAUUUUAUUUGAUGAUAUGGGUUCAAGAGUUAGUGAUUCAAUGAAAGAUUUUAGUAGUUUAGCUCAUACAGAAAUUUCAAAAGAUUUGGCAAAUAGAUUAAAUCUUAGAAAUUUUAGUGAAACUUUUUUGGAAGAUACUAUGUUUGAUUUUGGACAACAUGAAGAAUUAACUACACGGUUGAAAAAUAUUCUUAGGGAUUAUAAUCGUAAGGAGAUAGUUUUUAGAGAAUUUCUUCAAAAUGCAGAUGAUGCAGGAGCAAGUCGAUUUUGUGUUAUUCUUGAUGAAAGUCAAUACUCAACUAAAUGUUUAUUAAAGCAAGAUACUAUGGAAAGUUGGCAAGGACCUGCAAUAUGGAUAUACAAUGAUGGACAAUUUGCUGAAGAAGAUUUUAAGUCACUUUGUAAUCUUGGAAAAAGUAGUAAAUGGUUACAAUACGAUAAAAUUGGAAAAUUUGGACUUGGAUUUAAUUCAUGUUAUCAUUUUACCGAUUUACCACAAUUAAUAUCAGGCACGGAUGUAGUAUUUUUUGAUCCUCAAAAAUCAAUUCUUCCUAAUAAUAGUUCUGGUGCAAGAUUUAGUUUUAAGAAUUAUAAUGAAGAUCAUAUUUUUAAUAAAUUUAAAGAUCAAUUCGAACCUUUUUUAAAAGUUAAAGGAUGUGGAUUUGAAGUCGAUUAUAAUAGAGAAUUCAAGGGAACUCUUUUUAGGUUACCGCUUAGAAAAAGCAAAAGUUUAAUUUCAGAUGAAAUUGAUGAUAUUGAUAAAGUUAAAGAAUCAUUAAACAUUAUAAAGAACGAUGCAAUGUCUGAAUUAAUUUUUUUACGUAAUGUAAAGUGUUUUGAAGUAUUUAGAAAGACUAGCAAAAAGAAUGAUAUAUUAGUACCUUUAUGGAAAGUUGAAAUCACAAGAAACGCCGAAAAUCGAAAGCUAUAUGGAAAAGAAUUACAAGUAUUUCAACUUGAUGUUCAGCUUGAUCUAUAUGUUGAAAAACGAGUAUUAUCUAUGUGUAAUGUUUUAGCAGAAAAGAGAGAAAAAAAGAAAGAAGAAAAAUCAUGGCUUAUAUGUUCUGGAGAAAAUAAUAUUAAUCUGAAUACUUGGGGUGGAAUAUCUGUAGCUAUUCCUGAAACGCCAUCAAAUCCGUUAUUGGAAAAAGAAAUAACACAGAAUGGAAAUUUUCAUGCGCACCUUUUACUUUCUAUUCUUUCAGGACUUUCUGUAAACUUACAUGCGAGUGGUUGGGCUCUUUCAUCUGACCGAAGAAGUCUUGUGUUUGCUAGCGAUAAUCAAACUUGCAUUAAAAAUGAUGCAAAAUCAACUCAAAAUAUGAAGAUUUUGGACCAAGUUCUUCCAGAACUUCAUGUAAAACUUUUUGAAGAAUAUAUAAAAAUAGAAGAAUAUUCUAGAUCUAGAUUAUCGUACAAUGCUAAUUUUCAAGGUAUUACACGAUUAUGGCCGAUUCCAGAAAAUAAAAAUGCCGAAAUAUUGAAAUAUGGGUUGAAGGUGUUAGAACUUGCAAUUGAAAAAGGGUGUAAAAUAUUUUGGUCAACAUUUAAAGACGGCACAUAUGUCAGUUUCAAAGAUUGUGUCUUUGUAACUAAAGAAACACCACAAGCUGUUGUUCACUUUCUUAACGAACAAGAAUAUCCUGCAGUUUUAAUGGAAACUAAACGUUUAGAAGAAUUAGAAACAUUAAAGGCUCGAAAAGCUAGUCCAGAACUUAUACGAAAAUUUUUGAAAAAUAAUGAAAGUGUCUUACAUAUGCAAGAAGAACAUCUUUUCGAUUUAUUUCGUUAUAUUCUUGAAGAUAAAAAAUAUGAUGAUCUUGAAGAUAUUCACUUGGUUCCAUUAUUUAAUCAUAAAUUCGGAAAUUUUAAUCGUGGUAAAACAUACUACAUUAGUACAAAAGAACAAUAUAAAUUAUUUCCUAAUGCUGGACCGCAAUAUUUUAUUCCUAUUGAAUUACUUAAAUCACGAAAAUUAAUGCCAAUAUUUUCUGAUGAUGAUUUUCGUAAAGCAACUGAUAUUAAAGAUUUUGGAGAACCAACAAUUAAUCAUCUAUUAUAUCAAGAAUUACAUAUUGAAUCGGAACGAGAUUGGAAUCCACAUGAUACAACUACAAUUCCAAAUCAACUAUGGCUUGAUGAAAUAUGGAAAUAUAUAGCUGAUAAGUCUUUGGAACCAUAUAACUCAUUCCCUUUAUUAGAAGUUUAUGAUCCAACUAAUCCAACUAAACAUCAACUUGUAAGCAUAAAAAAUGCAACAUCCAGACCUUUAGUAACAUACAGUGAUCAUUCAUCACCUUCAGGAAUCAUUCAAACGUUGGCAAACAUUGGAAUACGAUUUACUAAACGUAAUUAUUGGUUCCGUAAAAAUAUUCCUAUUUGUAUGUUAUCACCAUAUACUGUUUUAAAUGCUAUAAAACAAUACAAAUGUGUUGAAAAUAAUCGGUUCAACAAUACAAAUGAUAGGGAAAUUUUAUGUCAAUAUUUUUGUAGAAAUAUACGUAGAGCACCACAAGAAAAUUAUAUGUAUUCAUCAAUGUCGAAUCUUCCUAUAUGGCCAACUCAUAUUAAAGGUCCUGAUGGAAAUCCAAUCUGUAAAUCUAUUCUAGACGCUGACGCAUACUUGGUACCAAAACCUACAAACGCAUUAAAACCAUUUACAUUUUAUCCACCUAAAAAUAAAAAUACUUAUUACUUUGAUACGACAAGUGAGGCAGAUAUGAGAGACUUAUUGGAAUAUGUAGGAGCUAAAUUACAAGAUAAAUUAAGAUAUAUUAAGGAUAUUAUUGUUCCUAAUAUGAUAUCUAUUCCUCAAAAUCUACAAGAAUCCUAUAUAAAACUUUUAAUCGAAAUAUUUACCAAUACUACUAGCAUUGAUGCGGUAAAGGAUUAUCUAAAAGAUUUAAAAGUUAUUCCAAAUCAAUCUUUUAAUCUUUUCUGUGCAAGAGAUUUAUUCGAUCAAAAGCAUCAAUUAUUUAAAUUCGUUUAUAAAGAAUCUGAUCGAUUUCUUCAUAAUAGUCUUCAAGAUAAUUCAUAUUCUAUUAAAAUACUUGAAGAAAUAGGAUUUAGAAGAACUGUUACUCCGGAUAUUUAUAUUAGAUCUGCUGAAGAAAUUCAAUCAAGAUUACAAAAAAAUGAGGAUGAUUUGUUUAAUAAAAGAGAUAUUAUAAGUUCAGCAAAAAGAACUAUUUUUUAUUUUUACGAUCAUCAAUCUGAGUUAUCAUUUUCUGAAGAAGAAUGGAAAGAAUUAUCUAAAAUUAAAUUCGUUCCAACUUCAAAAAUUAAAUGUGGUCCAAAUGAAUUAUUAAAUGAUUUAUAUAAUCAUUAUAGUAAAAGUGAUUCUGAUGAUUUAGAAAGUUUUGAAAAUUUAUGUCAUCCGAAAUAUAUGAAUCUUGCAUGGACUCAAUUAUCUUUCUUUGAAGAUGAACCUCCUGAAAAUGUUUUAAAAAAUUAUGAAAAUCUUGGUUUACCAACUAUUCUAACAAUAAUCAAUCAUUUAAAAGCAAUUCAAUCAACAAUAUCAAAAUCCGAUGAUUGGAAAGAAUUGGGUGAUAUUGGAAGUCGCUUAAUAUUUGAAGAAUUGGAGAAAAUUUAUAAAAAACUCGAAAACGAUUGUGAAGAAAUAAGGGCAUGUUUCCCUAAGGGACUUAAAAGACUUAAAAUAUUUUUAAAUGGUACAGAUCCAUUCAAUUCGAAUGAUUGGGUGACAGCUCCCCAACUUGAUUUAAAGAUUGAUAAAGAUUUUAGUCCAAGACGAAGAGCUGUUGUCGAACAUCUUUUAAAAUAUCCAAAACUUUUGGAAUUAGCUGGUGUGAAUUCUCCCGAUAUUCCUAUUUGGACAAAACCUGAACCUAAAGAAGAAAACAACACUAAUCGACUAUCCAAGUCUAUGAUAAGACUAUUAAAUGCAGGAAAUGAAACACCUUUUAAUAAUGUUUUAUUUAAUAUUAAAGGACAAGAAAUUUAUGCAAAUUCUUCUCUAUUAACUUGUGCUGCACCAUAUUUUGAAGAAAUAUUUAUUGAAACUUCAUCAAAUUUUAAUCAAACUUAUGAUGACAUUGAACCUGAUUCAUUUCGCGUAUUAUUAAAGUGGUUAUAUGGAGAAUCAUUAUCUGAAGCUAUGCAAAAUUAUGAAAAAGAAGAAAAUGGUGAUAUAUUCUUUCAAAUUUGUAAAGAUUUAUUAUUAGCAUCAAGAAAAUUUGAGAUUAGUUCAAUUAGAGAAUUGAUUGAAUAUAAAUUAGUUAUGUAUAUCAAUGAUGAUUUAGUUGAUGAUAAUUUAGAAAAAAUUAAAGAGUUGGCCGAUGAAUGUGAAUUAGAAGAUCUAUUGAAAUAUUGUGAAAUUAAGCCUUACUUUCCGAUACUAUUAACACAAAUAACACAAAAAAUAUCUUACUUUGCUUCGAUAGCUUUUUGUUUUUCUGGAUGA